GGAGCGUCGGCUAGUAUGAAACGAACACGCGGAAGCAAUACGGGAGGAGGAGCUCCCUCUGGCGCGGCCGGACACCACUCAAUACUGCUUCCACAUGUAGGAUUAAGGCUUGUUGCUUUGUUUUCGCUCAUUUCUCUAUUCUAAUGUUUGAGGUUCUGUUGUCGUUGCUGCUCGCUUUGUGUCUGUUUCUGUUAAGUCGAACUUGAAGCGCUUUUGCAUAGAAUAAAAAACACUGACCAGCACUCUUUGAAGUAAGUACUUAGAAAAAGGUAGAAUGCACAAAUACAACACAAACAACUUCAACACAGCACACGCGCGCCCGCGCACCUCUUCUACACCUCUAAUUGUACACCCAGGAGAGCAGCAGCUGUCGCCUAAAACGUCCGCGAGCAACGCUUUCGAAACGAUGAAUCCCCAUGCCGCUGGUAAUAAUGUCCGCCUUUCCACUAGUAGCCGCAAUUCAACAGUAAAACGCUUAGAGGAGCACGCUGAAUGGCAGAACGUCAUUAUGAAGAGUGUAGGACGCGAAGCGCGGUCCUCCUUUUCUGUCCGCGACCAGUUCGAAGAAGAGCAGCUUUCUUCACCAAAGGGGCGCCUCGCAGUACUACGGAAACUAACACAAGACGCCAAGUCUCCCACGUCACCGUCUGGAAGGAAUACACAUACAGGGGUAGUACCUGCAAAUGCUGCCAAGCAAGGGCUAGUACCUGUCGAGGAAGAGCAAA